UGGGCUUUAGGUUGUAUGAUUAUCGAGAUGGCCACUGGCAACCCUUAUCUACCCAGCAGCUCUGACCUAGAUCUACUUCAUAAAAUUGUGACCAAAGUUGGAAACUUGACACCUCACUUUCAGAAUUUUAUAAGGAGCCCAGUUUUCUCAGGGAUGGUUCUUCCUGAAGUUCAGCAUCCUAAAAGUGCAAGAAAAAAAUAUCCCAAACUCAGUGCACUACUUGCAGAUAUGGUUCAUGCUUGUUUACAAAUGGAUCCUGCAGACAGGAUAUCAUCUGCUGAUUUGCUACAGCAUGAAUAUUUCACCAGAGAUGGUUUUGUUGAAAAAUUCCUACCAGAAUUGAAAAGCAAAUUACUACAAGAAGCAAAGCUGAAUUAUCUUUCAAAAUUCAGAGACAAUAACAAAGAGAUGGAACAAAUCAAAGAUGAAAAGAGAAUAGUUCAUAUUAACAUGUCUCAGAAUGGUCCUGUAACUGUAAAGGAAAUGGAAAAAGACAGAAAGUCAAAGGAGAUGAAGAUCAAAGGUAUUAAAGUGAAAGGGGGAAAAUCUGAAAUUUCAGAGCUUAAAAGAAAUGAACAAGAAGAUGCUGUUUCACAGUGGGUGACUUUGUCUCAGAAUGCUCUAAACUUACCUUAUGAGAACAAACCCACAAUUGGUGAUGGUACCAGCUUGAUAACAGUUGGCAUUGAUGCUGGUGGGAUGAAGGAUGAAGCUCCACAGACACCCUGUACAACAAUGCCACGGAUACAUCCAAACUGUGGAAAUCUUACUGCGAAUUUCAGUUCACAUUUCCUGUGUCCUAAUUCAAGACUUCCAGAAAAAGCAAAGAAACGGCGAAGUCCUUGGCCAUCAGUAGGACAAAUAGGUUCAAACAGUCGUCAAGAAGAUGGAGUUCUGACUCAAAACCAAAUGGAGAAAGUAUCCCUGUAUGAAAGAGCUGCUCAAAUUGAUCAAAUGGUGAACAUAAACAGGAAGAAACGCAACAUUUCAAGAUGUGAGAAAAGAGAAAUUCACUUGCCAGAACUAAAUACAACAGGGCAACAGAAAGAAUUGAAAGCAAUGGAAAUUAAACAGGUAAGAGUGCUGAAAAGGGAGUCUAAGAAACCUGAAAUAUCCAAAAUACCAUCUUUACAAAAUUCGGAUCAGAAUCGUGAAAAACAAGAAGCUAAAGAAAUCUUAACAAAAGAAUCCAAUGUUCAAGAAGUAAGAUGUCCAGUAACAGUUUGUGGAGAUGUCCAUGGACAAUUUCAUGAUCUCAUGGAACUUUUCAGAAUUGGAGGCAAAUCACCAGACACAAAUUACUUGUUUAUGGGGGACUACGUUGAUAGGGGAUACUAUUCUGUUGAAACAGUAACACUCCUGGUAGCGCUUAAGGUCCGUUAUCGUGAACGCAUCACAAUCCUUCGAGGGAACCAUGAAAGCAGGCAAAUUACCCAAGUAUAUGGUUUCUAUGAUGAGUGUUUAAGGAAAUACGGAAAUGCAAAUGUCUGGAAAUAUUUCACAGAUCUUUUUGACUAUCUUCCUCUUACUGCUUUGGUGGAUGGACAGAUUUUCUGUCUACAUGGUGGACUCUCUCCAUCUAUAGAUACACUGGAUCAUAUUAGAGCACUUGAUCGUCUUCAAGAAGUUCCACAUGAGGGUCCAAUGUGUGAUUUGCUGUGGUCAGAUCCUGAUGAUCGGGGUGGCUGGGGAAUUUCUCCUCGAGGAGCUGGCUAUACUUUUGGACAAGAUAUUUCAGAAACUUUCAACCAUGCUAAUGGUCUUACGUUGGUUUCAAGAGCUCAUCAGCUGGUAAUGGAGGGAUACAACUGGUGUCAUGAUCGGAAUGUAGUAACAAUUUUUAGUGCUCCAAAUUAUUGUUACCGUUGUGGUAACCAAGCUGCAAUUAUGGAGCUCGAUGAUACUUUAAAAUACUCAUUUUUGCAGUUUGAUCCGGCACCACGCAGAGGUGAACCACAUGUUACUCGUCGCACCCCAGACUACUUUCUGUAAUGAGAUUUUCCACUUGUACAGUAUUGCCAUGAACCAUGUGUUGACCUAAAGGAACAUGGGAAGAGCAACAGUAACUCCAAAGUGUCAGAAAACAUUUAACAUUGAAAUCUGUUUUCACAUGGACCAAAAGAUGUGCCAUAUUGAAAUUCAAAGCCUCUUGUCUGUCAGCGACUGUGACCACUUUAGAAUGAACCAGUUCAUUGCAUGCUUGAAGCAACAUUGUUGGUCAAGAAAUCAGUUUCUGGCAUAGUUCUACUUGUAGUUACUUUUGCUUUCUCUGAGAGACUGCAAAUAUUAAUACGUAGACAUUUAACACUUCGUGAAUUACAAGUAACUUUCCAUUUAGCUUUAGCUUUCCAGCAUGAUUGUAGAUAAGAAUAGCAAACUAUCAUUGAAGCUUAAUGAACAUUUUAAAUAAGCACCAAGACUGACUUUUCUUAUUUGUGUUCUUAUUGUUUUUUAGAGAAACAAUUUAAUUUAAUUGUAUUAUUGUUUCAUCUGAACUCUGUUCCCACUCCCAUUUGUUUCUCUCACACAUUUCCUCUACAAAGUGUCCCAUGUAUGUGUUCAUCUUAGUGAAUUACUUUGAAAGAACAAUUUAUUUCUGUAAGAUGUUGCUGCAGGAGCGUGUUGCAGCAUUUUUCAUAAUAAACUUGUGAACUAAGUUUGGAAGAUGGUUGACUUUAAACUGUAUUGCAAGCACAUAUCAUCAUGUAUUUAAUAAAAAAAGUAGCUUUUA